GCUUUGACUCCGACCAUGUCGAAGCGACCAGGACCCGACAUGCUCGAAGAAUUGUUUAAAUUACAGUCGGACGAGUGCGAGAGCAAAUUGCCUCUUCUUCUUCCCUCUUUGGACUCGUCAGAGAAGAUCAAUGUGCCGUCGGCUUCUGGAGCGAAUUCUGACCCAUCUGCUUCGUCCACCUCUGUGGUUGGAAACAGUUACUACGUAUUCUUGAGCUUUAGAGGCCCCGAUACUCGCAAUAGCUUCGUUGAUCACCUCUACCAUAGACUCAAAGAUGUGGGCCUUAGGUUCCACCCAAACUUUGUGUUCAGAGAUGACGAGAACCUCCCCUUCGGUGAGGACGUUGCUGCAAAUCUUAUCAGUGCAAUCACGCACUCUAAGGUUUCAAUCCCAGUCAUCUCUGAAAAUUAUGCUGCUAGUGAAUGGUGCCUCCGCGAGCUCAUUUGUAUAAUGGACUGCCAGAAAAGCAGAGGACAAACAGUCUUGCCCGUACUUUACAAGGUAGAAACCAAGGAUGUGAAAUACCUGCAGGGGAGCGUCAAAAAGGCCUUCGAAUCCCGUAAGCAUUGGUCUGACGAGGCGGUCAAGCAACAAGGGAGGGAAGCGCUCAAAAAGGCAGCUGCAUCUAGAGUAUUCGAAUCAGAGAAAUUUGCUAAAGGGCAUGAAGCGGAAUUAGUAAAUAAACUCGUAGAAAUUGUCAUGCACAAGCGGCAAGAAGAUUUUCAACCACGUCUUACCGUGAACUUGGUUGGAAUUGUGGAUCGUGUGGCUGAGGUUAUGAAAUUGGCGGAUAUUGCUUACCCGGACACUCGAAUUAUUUGGAUUUGGGGGAUAGGCGGUAUUGGUAAGACGACUUUAGCUAUGAUCAUCUAUAACAAACUUUUUGAUAAAUUUCAGUGCCGUAGCUUUCUCAAGGAUAUUAGAGAAACAAUUAGUCGCAAGGGUAUCGAGCAUGUGCAAUCUCGACUGAUCUCAGAUAUACUAAAAAUUCAUAAUCAUCAAGUGCAUGAUCCGGAUACAGGAAUUAAUAUGAUCCAAGCCAGUUGUACACAAAAGAAGGUUCUUAUUCUUCUGGACGAUGUGGAUAAUCCAGAUCACCUCGAUAAUUUGAUUGGAGGUUGUAAUUUCUUAUUAGGAAGUAGGAUCAUUGUUACGUGUCGACAUACGGCCAUUAAAUGUCAAGAUAAGGCCAUGUUGGAUUCUACAUAUUGGUAUGAACUCCAAGAAAUGAAUAGUGAAAACUCUUCGCUUCUGUUUAGCAUACAUGCAUUUGAAGGGAAACCACCUCCAAAAGAACUAGCGACUCUUUCUCGUGAUAUCGUUGCCACCACAGGAGGGCUUCCUUUAGCUCUCAAGGUUAUAGGUUCACUUCUCAAAGGAAAAGACAAUGAAAGAGUGUGGAGAGAAAUGUUGAAGCAAUUGAGCAAGGCACCUAAUAUGACAGUACAACAAAAGUUGAUGAUAAGUUAUGAUGCGCUAGAACAUAAUGAAAAACAAAUGUUUCUAGACAUAGCAUGCUUUUUGGUUGGAACUAACCAAAGAAUCGCCACCUACCUGUGGGAUGAUCUCGACUUUUGCCCAAUAAGUGGAUUGGCAAGGAUGAUUGAACUUUCGUUAAUAAAAGUUGAUGAUGAGAAUAAGUUGAGAAUGCAUGAUCAAUUAAGAGAUCUAGGCAGAGCUAUCGCCCAUCCAGCAAAAAAGAAUCCUUGGGAUUGGAGCAGACUAUGGAACAAGGAAGCCAUGGAAGUUCUAAGACGCAAGGAGCAAAAUGAAUAUAUUGAGGCGCUACGUCUGGACAAAAUGGGCUCAAGAGAGUUCAUGGAGCGAGAGAGCUUCAAAAGAAUGCCUAACCUGAAGUUCCUUCAUGUGAGUGAUGUGGAUUUUGUUGGAGAUUUUAAGGAUUCACUUUCUAAAUUAAGAUGGCUAAAGUGGAAGAGAUGUCCUGACUCUUUCAAGGCGACCAAUGUUCAUUUGGAGAAAUUAAUCAUACUUAAUCUAUCACAAGGUUUAAUUAGUGAAAACUGGGGAGGAUGGAGUUCGAUCGAGAUGGAUAGGUUGAAAGUUCUCAAUCUUUCAUGGUGCUCACAUUUAAAGAGCACCCCUAAUCUCUCUGCGUUUAAAAAUUUAGAGAUGUUAAUCUUGAAACAUUGUAAGGGUUUGGAGGAAAUUGACCCUUCGAUUGGAGAUGUCAGGUCCCUUGUUUCCUUGAACUUGAGGUACUGUAAGAGUCUCAAGAAGUUACCCUCACAACUAGGUGAACUGAAGGCACUAAAGGAACUUAUGAUAGGCGCAACUGCUAUAAAGGAAAUUCCUCCAUGUAUAGGUUCUUUGAAGAAGCUGGAGAUGCUUGAUGUCAGUCAUACGCCAGAUCUUAGUUUGGAUGGCUUUGAUUAUUGUUUUCGUCACAUCCCCCAUUCAAUUGGGAAGUUGAAAUCAUUGACUAAACUGACAUUGUUGCGUGCAGAAAUUUCAAAAUUACCUGAAUCCAUUGGGGAUUUGGAAAACUUGAAAAUUUUGAAUAUUGCUUGCUGUAAGAAAAUGAGUAGUUUACCCAGUACUAUUAGCAAGUUGGGCAAACUUGAAGAAUUAAAUGUCUCAUUCUGCCAAAGUCUGGGAGGGGAAGUUCCUAUAGAUGGGUUGUCUUCAUUGAAGAUCCUUCGAUUAAGUGAUACACGCUUUUCUGGCUUCCCCGACGCAAUUGGGAAGCUUUCUUGUCUCGAAGAACUUGAUUUGACGGACUGCAGCAUGAUUCGGUCGCUACCGGAGCUUCCUGCCAGUUUAACAUAUCUGACAGUCACCUGUGAUCUUUGUACAUUGCCUCAACUUUCUCACCUAAUCCAUCUAAAACAGCUCCAUUUUCUGGAAUGCGCAUCGCUGGAAUCUAUUCCAGAGCUCCCCUCAGGAUUGUUGAAGCUUUAUGUCUCCGGGUGUUUUAAGUUGACAGAGUUGCCGAGUUUGUCGAGUUUGGAACUCUUGUCACGAUUAUGUAUCGUAGCGUGUCAGGAGCUGACAGAAAUCAAGGGUUUGGAAGGACUAAAAUCCUUAAAACACCUAGAUGUAUCUGGAUGCAACAAGUUGUCCAACCUAGAUGGCCUUGAACAUCUGGAGUCCUUGAGAUACUUGGGAAUGCAGGGGUUAGUACGUUCCAGACGCAAGGAGUGGUUCAAACGUCUACAGCCAGAUGGUCCACAAGUGAAUGAUGAUCUAUUUCAAGGCCUUGACAGAUUGAAAAACUUGGAACAGCUGAUUAUCUAUCGCUGCCAGUCCCUCAUAAGACCGGACCUUUCGCAAUUAACACGUUUGAAGCUAUUAAGGGCUCAAGUCUGCAACAAUCUAGUCGAAAUUAAAGGCCUUGAGAGGUUGAAAAACUUGGAAAGCUUGUAUAUCGACGGGUGCAUGUCCAUUGAAACAUUACCAGACCUCUCGUGCUGUGAUGAGCUAGAACUUUUGUCCACUGUAGAUUGUCAGAAGCUUCGCAAUGUUCGGUGCCCGGAGAAAGUCAGAUGGAACCGCUAA